ACAGCACCAGCUGCUGCAACGUUGUCUUGGCAGGUAAUUAAAGCAGUGCAUCUUUGACAUUUCACUUUAAUGAUCCUGGUAAAAGGGUGAUGCAUUCUGAGUACACAACCACACUGUGUACUUAGAGUCAUGAGGGCAUACAGUACGUGGAAACUGUUUAUUAUAUAAAAUAUUACUUCAAAUGAGUAUCAUAGCCCACGGCUACCAAGACACUUAAUCAGCGCUCCUGGAAACACUCAUUCCCCACAUGUGUUACAAGUACAUUCAUUUUUUUAGUUCACUUCCUCCAUUCGGCUGGUUACCACAAGAUGCGGAAACAGAGAGAGAGAGAGAGAGAGAGAGAGAGAGAGAGAGAGAGAGAGAGAGAGAGAGAGAGGAAAGAAAGAAGAAAAAAAAAACUCCAGAUCUGUCAGAAACCGAAAGCAAGAACCUGACAAAUAUAUAAACAGUACAUGUGCCUCACUAAAGCAUGAAGGUAUCUUGCUCUCGCUCACUACUCCUCCAAGAUGACUCUUUGGUGGCAGGCUCUCGUCCUCCUCUGCUGUGUGCUGAACUGUGUGGAGUCGUCCUCUCCAUCUCCACUCCUCCAGAGGAACAAAUACAACAACUCCUUCCGUCUCACGAGGUCCACCAGAACCCGUGUCCAGCAGCUGCAGAGGAAAUAUAAGGAGCAGCAGUUGGGGAACAAGCACUUUGAGGACAGAAGUCGGCAGUUAAAGGACCUGCCGUUGCUUUCUACAGAUUUCUACGGCUGGCUCAGGCUGACGGACUGGGAACGACUGCAUGCUGCUUUCUGGGACAUGCAAGCCUAUUGGAAUAUGCUGGAGCGGAAGAGAAAACAGCUGGAGAAGGAGGAGAAAGAGCAGAUGGUGGCGCGGGCGGUCGGCACCACUUUACCUCAGAGCAUCAGGCACAUUCAGCUGGACCUGAGGGACCUGAUGAGCCAAGUCAGCAGUCAGAUGAGUUACAUGAGGAGCUCUUGGACGAAGCCAACCUCUCCUACGGCACCCGUAAACCCACAAACCAGAUCCAAAACAGUAUGGGACAGCCGAGUGGAGGGUUACGUCAUUCUGAGGGAUCUAGACCUUUACCUCACCAAGCUGGCAAGAGACUUCCUCCUCCUGGCUUCAAAAACACACUGAUGACUCAACGCUGAAAGCAGAACGCCGGCACCCUGACAACAACACAAACAGGCAAAAGGAAGAAAAGGCUGAAGUGAUGAUCAGCACCUAAUUGGAAUAAGAGUUGUCAUCGGUGUUUUAGAGGUGUUGUCAACACUUUAUACGGAGCUGUCACUUUAGCUAGUUGCAUUUUUUACUCUGUGUUUUACAGUAUAUUUAAGGGCUUUCUUGGGUAUUUCCCAGACUUUCUGUCUCACCUCUAACUGUAAGUUAGUAAUAAGCUGCCCGAACAGAAAAGCACUUCCCAACAUCCUGUUUUUCCCCCAACCCUCAGUCUAUUGGACUUUCCAGAGUUAUAUUUACUAUUUAUUGACAUAUUUAUUGACAUGCUAUUUAUUUUAAAGUGGUUUAUUUUAUGUCUCUUACAAUA